CUACGGUCUAAAAUAUAUGUCAUGAACUUUAUAAGAUUCUAAUUCUUUUUCUCUUGGAUUGCUCAACGCUUUUUUGAUCUUCUUUCUCCUUCGUUUCUUAAUCCUCUAAAACAGAUUUCCCAAAUAUGGCAACGGCAUCGUUUCAAACAACAACAGUGCUGUUGAGUAAACUAACCUUAUCACUCAGCCCAAUUCGUCCGAGUUCAAUUUCUGGUAAAACUCGCAAAUUUCAUCUCAGAGCGAGUUCUGGGUCAUCGAGAUACAACACUCAGAGAUGGGUUGAGUUUCAGACCGAAGGUGAGAGAUUGAAAAGUAUCUUUGUCAACGUUGCGGGUAGUGAUGAUGAUGAAUGUUCUUUGGUAGAUAAUUUGGAAGAUAAAGAGGCAAUCCCAAAGCUGUCGGAACGUGAUUAUGCUGGAACACCUUAUGUUCCUGUUUACGUGAUGUUGCCUUUGGGUAUCAUUGACAUGAAUUGUGAUUUGGUGGAUGAACACAAUCUCAUUGAGCAACUAAAAGUUUUAAAGUCAAUUAAUGUUGAUGGUGUUAUGGUUGAUUGUUGGUGGGGCAUAGUAGAGGCAAUUGCACCGCAACAUUACAAUUGGAGUGGUUACAAGAAGCUAUUUCAAAUUGUGCAUGGUCUUGGGCUUAAAUUACAGGUGGUUAUGUCUUUCCAUGAAUGUGGAGGUAAUAUUGGGGAUGAUGUGCACAUUCCACUCCCACGUUGGAUCACAGAUUUAGGUCAAGAUAAUCCUGAUAUAUAUUUCACAGAUCAAGAAGGUAGGCGCAAUACAGAAUGCCUCUCCUGGGGGAUUGACAAAGAACGCGUACUAAGAGGUCGUACGGCGGUUGAGGUGUACUUUGACUAUAUGAGAAGCUUCCGUGUGGAAUUCGAUGACUUUUUUGUGAGUGGAACUAUAUGUGAGAUAGAGGUUGGGCUUGGUCCAUGUGGGGAGUUACGCUAUCCAUCCUAUGCAGCAAAGCAUGGUUGGAAGUAUCCAGGCAUUGGUGGAUUUCAGUGUUAUGACAAAUAUCUACUGAAGAGUCUGCAGAAGGCAGCUGAAGUAAGGGGGCAUUUGUCUUGGGCUAGAGCUCCUGACAAUGCUGGCUGUUAUAAUUCUUGGCCCGGCAAGACAGGGUUCUUCAGAGAUGGUGGAGAUUAUGACAGUUAUUAUGGUAGAUUCUUUCUCAAGUGGUAUUCAAAGGUUCUCAUUGAUCAUGGAGAUCGUGUACUUGCCUUGGCAAACCUAGCUUUUGAAGGCUGUAAAAUUGCUGCUAAGCUCUCAGGUAUUCAUUGGUGGUACAAGACAGCUAGUCAUGCUGCCGAGCUGACUUCUGGGUUUUACAAUCCUUGCAAUCGUGAUGGGUAUGUUCCGAUAGCUGCAAUGCUAAAAAAACAUGGGGUUGCUCUGAACUUUACCUGUGUGGAACUACGCACAAUGGAUCAAGAAGAGGUGUUCCCUGAGGCCCUAGCAGAUCCAGAGGGAUUGGUUUGGCAGGUCCUGAAUGCUGCUUGGGAUGUUUGUAUACCAGUUGCUAGUGAGAAUGCUCUUCCUUGCUUUGACAGAGAGGGUUAUAACAAAAUAUUGGAAAAUGCCAAACCCCAGAAUGAUCCUGACAGAAAGCAUUUAUCUGCAUUUACUUAUCUCAGGCUCAAUCCUGAAUUAAUGGAGGGAUCCAACUUCAUGGAAUUCGAAAGAUUUGUCAAGAGAAUGCAUGGUAUCUUUUGUUAUGUAUUCAUGAACAUUUUUAGUAACAGAUUGUUGGGUAGCUAUAUAGAUCUCCCUGUUUUUUUCAGGCAUCAGCUCACAAUCACUAAUUUACGCAUAAGAGAACACUGCAGAAUAAGUAGAACGCAUAAUUAUCUGCAAAAAUAAUCUGUAUUAAAAGGGUCAGGACUCUGGAGAACUGGCCUAAACCUUGCUAAGUCAAAUGGUGGUAGUUACGAAAUUGGUAUCAUUUCAAACGAGUUAAUGUUUCAGAAUUGUUUUACAGGAGAAUCAGUCCCAGAUCUUAACUGCCUUGUGGGAAGAUCGUUACCUGAAAAUCAGGAGCCGCCUUUCAGACUUCCAUCUGAAGCCUACUAAAACAGCAUACAAUUCAAUUAUAGUGCCAUCUGUCAAGCCGUGUUUAUAAUAAUAUAUUAAUGCUAGCUGGUAAGAUCCAUUAUUAUUUUAAAAAAAAAAAAGUAAGUUUGUAUAUAUUACAAUGAGUUGGUGUUAGAAUUGGUGGGAAAGAACAUAAGAACAGAUGUUUUAUUAAUCGAAAAUCUUCAUAACAAAUGCCCAUACAAGCUCUUAUUUAUAGAAACUAAGAGCAGCAAAAACAGACUUAUUCUAUUUUUUUGAGAUUAGCAGACUUAUAACAAACAUCAUCAUCAUUCUACCCAGUAUAUCCGCGCAUAGAAGAGUAAAGCCAAGGUCUGGGAAGGGAAAGACGGCGACAACUCAUACCCAUAAAGGAGAGCGCGACCAAAGGAGUCCCCCGGCUCGAGGAAGAUAAAGAGACGUGAUUACACGUGCAAGAUAACUUAAAAGCCUAAAAAAGGGAAGCUACUACAGAGGAAAAUACAGAACUAAAAGAAAGGAAGCGAUAAGAGCAUGAUGUUACUGGCACUAAACGGAAAACUAAGCGAACAUCAAAAGUCUGGGACAUGGAUAUGUCGUCUCUAACUGCUCCUAUCGCUAUUCAGGUCCGCAGAGAGGUUUAACUCAUGCAAGUCAACUCUUAUUUGCUCAUCCCUAGUUCUCCUGGGUCUUCCUCGACUCCUCUUAUCCUCUACUAUAAUGCUUUCUACACUCCUCACAGGGAUGUCGAAAGUCUUUCUUUGCACAUGACCAGACCACCUCAAUCCUAACUAAUCCUAUUGAACUAAUUAGGACCCUUGAUAUAGGAAGGCUGAACACCCUUGAUAUUAUUGUAGCACAAAUUGACUUGAGAAUGCCGAAAAAGCCUCAGAAUGAAGUACUUCAAGAAUGCUGCUGCGGAUGCUCUCUUACUGCAUGCUAUUGUGCCACUUUUGUGUUGAAGAUGCCAGUUGCUGAUUAUUUUGAGAUAUAAGAACAGCAUGCAAUCUUAACAUCCCUUCAAACUUGGGGUUAAAAACACCUAGUUUGUCUAAUAGCUAUUUAAAGUGCACAGAGGGAAAAACUUUUGUAAAUAAAAUCGAGUUGUUGUAGGCAGAUAAGACAAGUGUAAUACUCUGUCUAAAACCCUGUCCCAUGUAAAAUGACAAUCAAAUUCUAUGUUUAGUUCUCAUGAAAAAUCGAACUUUUGUCAAUGAAAAUAGCUAAUUGAUUGUCACAAAAAAGAGUGACCGACAUGCUUAUUUGAACAUAAAGUUCCUGAAGUAAUCUAAUUAGUCAAGUUACUUCUGAUGUUGUACUUUCCAUUGCUCUAUAUUCAGAUUUUGAACUUGACUUGGACACAAUUUGUUGUUUCAUGUUUUUCAAGUUAUCAGAGAGUUUCCCAACAUCAUAACAUAGCCUGUAAUAGACUUUCGUGUGUCAACGCAAGAUCCCCAAUUAAUAUCUGAAUAUGCUAGGAGGAUAAGUUUAUCUUGCCC